AUGCCCGCAACAAUUCCCCAGAACAAGUUUGACUCAAUCCCCGAGUCGAUCGAGGCUUUCCGAAAUGGAGAAUUCCUCGUCGUGCUCGAUGACCCUUCACGAGAAAACGAAGCCGACUUGAUCAUUGCUGCUGAAGAUGUUACAACCGAGAAGAUGGGUUUCCUCAUCCACCACUCCUCCGGCUACGUCUGCGCUCCUCUCUCCCCCGCUAUCACUACCUCUCUCGACCUCCCUCAGAUGGUCCCCAACAACCAGGACCUUCGAGGCACCGCCUACACCAUCUCAGUUGACUCAGCCGACCCCUCCGUCUCAACCGGAAUCAGUGCUCGCGACCGCGCUCUAGCCUGCCGCACACUCGCCGACCCCAGCGCACGCCCUGAUAGCUUCCGCCGUCCAGGCCAUGUCCUUCCUCUGCGAUCCCGCCCUGGUGGUGUCAGACAGCGACCGGGUCAUACCGAGGCUGCUGUUGACUUCUGCCGACUAGCUGGCAAGGCCCAUGCCGCGGUUAUUUGCGAAAUCGUUGACGUCGGCGAGGAAACCCCUGGCCAGGCCCUUCGUCAUAACCACGGCAUGUUGAGAGGCGAGGAUUGUAUCACUUUCGCCCGAAAGUGGGGUUUGAAGGUCUGCACCAUUGCUGAUUUGGUCGCCUACAUCGAGAAGACUGAGGGAAAGCUCGAGGCCAAUGGCGCUGAGUCCAAUGGCAACUAA